UAGAAUACAUAAAUAGAGAGAGAGAGAGAGAGAAUGGGAAUGGAUUAUUACAGUGUAUUGAUGGUGGAGAAGACAGCGACGGAUGAAGACCUGAAGAAGGCGUACAGAAAGGUGGCAAUGAAAUGGCAUCCCGACAAGAACCCCACCAACAAGCUCGAAGCUGAAGCCAUGUUCAAGCAGAUCUCCGAGGCCUAUGAAGUAUUGAGUAAUCCACAGAGAAGGCAAGUGUAUGAUGAAGAUGGUGAAGAAGGGCUAAAAGACAUGCCACCAGCGGGUUGCUCAAACCCCCCUCGAAACGCAGAGGAUAUAUUUGCAGAGUUUUUCGGAAGUAGCCCUUUUGGAUUCGGGAGCGGUUUCAGAGCAGGAGGAAGUGAUGGGAAUAGCAGUAUGCCAAAGAAACCCCCUCCUGUUGAGAGCAAAUUGCCUUGCACCCUUGAAGAGCUCUACUCUGGUUCAACUAGGAAGAUGAAGAUCUCAAGAACUGUUGUUGAUGCCAAUGGAAGAAUAGUACAAGAAUCGGAGAUAUUAAGCAUUGACGUAAAGCCAGGGUGGAGGAAAGGAACAAAGAUCACAUUUCUAGACAAAGGAAACGAGCAGCCGAGCCAGCUUGCUGCGGAUCUGGUUUUCGUGAUCGACGAGAAGCCCCACCAAGUGUACAAGAGAGAUGGUAACGAUCUGAUGAUGAAGUACACGGUGACGCUAGCGGAGGCCAUCGGAGGGACAACCUUGAACCUCACAACCUUGGAUGCGCGGAUCUUGUCCAUACCACUCACUCAGAUGGUGAAGCCUGGGUAUGAGUUUGUGCUUCAAGGAGAAGGGAUGCCCAUCGCUAAGGAGCCUUGGAAUAGAGGCGAUUUGAAGAUCAAAUUUGAAGUUACAUUUCCCACCCAAUUAACCCCACAACACCGAACUGCACUCAAGCAAGCUUUAGGAGGAGCUGAAUGCUCCAGUUAAGUUAAGUUAAUGCCCGGGUUUUGUCAUGUUUAGUCCUACACUUUUAAAUUCUUUGACUUUUAAAUUGUAUCACCUGCCAAUGGACUUGUGGUCUAGUGGCAUUUGGUUGUACCACAUGUUGGAGGGGGCAGGUUCGAGCCUCAGUGGAUCAGCGAUGCUAACUCUUUGUGCUUCAGUAGGUUGAGAAAGUAGUUUAUGAACAGAUAUUACAUUGUAACCGAGUCAGUAGUACUCAAAACAAAAAAAAUU